AUGGCUUUUAGAGAACUGCUCUUAGACACACUUAGAACCCACCAAAAAGCGGCGUGCGACGAAGACACGGUGACGCUGAUAUGUCCGAGAGGCACCACGAUCAGCAUCCAAGUCGCGCAAUAUGGGGCCGCAGCAUCGCAAAGCUCCUGCUCCCCAGAACUCGCGGAGUACCAGCCUGUGGCUGUCGAGGUUCUGGGAGAUACUAGCUGCACUUGGCCAAGCGCUUUGCAGUACUCCUUGUUGCAGACGGUGGUGGAAGCUUGCCAGAAGAAACGCCAGUGCAAGUUCCAUACAAGUCCAAAGGCGUUUGGCGUGGAUCCAUGCCCUGGUUCUAGAAGAUUCGUCGAAGUUGCCUACAAAUGCCGACCAUACGAAUUCCGGAGCAAAGUGGGCUGUGAAAACGACGUGCUUCAUUUGAGCUGUAACCCACACUCCCGGGUGGCGAUAUACUCCGCACAGUAUGGAAGGACGGAAUACGACUCGAUACAAUGCCCUCAACCUCGAGGGAUGAAGGAGGAAACCUGUAUGGAGCCUUACGCAACUGAGACUGCUAUGAGAGAAUGUCACGGCAAAAGACGCUGCGUGCUAUCAGCAGACAGCAAAAUGUUUGGAAAACCUUGUAGGACCGGAAGCAGGACAUAUUUGAAAGUUGUUUAUACAUGCGGCAGUUAUUUAAUAAAUGUGCCGAAGUUGAAGGGACGCGAGAACUUUGAUGACUGGGCGUUCGCGGCAAGAAAUUUUCUCAUCUUGGAAGGUAUAGACAUCGAUGCCAUUCCUGUGGAUUUAAGUGAUGCAGAAGACAGAAAAGCGAAAGCAAAACUCAUCAUGACGAUUGAUCCCAAGUUGUAUGUUCAUAUAAAAAAUGAAACUAAAGUCAAAGAUUUGUGGCAGAAACUACAGAAAUUAUUUGAUGACAGCGGAUUCACCAGAAGAAUCAGUCUACUAAGAACAUUAAUAUCCAUUCGACUUGAUAAUUGUGAGUCCAUGACAAGUUAUGUGAGUCAAAUUGUGGAAACUGCACAAAGACUGAAAGGUACAGGAUUCGAGAUUAAUGAGGAAUGGAUUGGAUCAUUAUUGUUGGCGGGGCUACCAGAAAAGUUUGCGCCUAUGAUCAUGGCAAUAGAACAUUCCGGUAUAGCUAUAAACUCUGAUGUCAUCAAAACAAAAUUGCUUGAUAUGAGUUCUGAGGUCGGUGACCAUGACUCGGAAGUUGCAUUAUUGUCUAAGCAUAAAAUGCCUCGGACGGUCUUGAAGGAGAGAUAUGAAAGUGCCCCUGAAGAGGAUGAGGUAGCCCAUGCUGUCUACCCACUUGAGCACGAAGACCUAGAUGAACCUGGAGAUAGAUGGUGGGGAGAAUCAGCUGUGCCUCCAGCGCCCGCUGUUGCAGCAGUUCCACCGCAGAGGCCUCACUCCACUAACAUCACCAGAGACGAACCAUCCCCAUCACCCCCUGGACAACAUUUGACUAAGAAUACAAGUGAAUUCGACAUUAUGUACUUAUACAUAAUCGGUGGAGUAGCUGUCAUUGUUUUACUAUGCGGAAUCAUUGGUGUAAUACGCUGCAUCAUUCAUAAACAAAACGCAGACCAGCCCAAAGGCCCAGACGUGUCAGCUACAACUGACAUCCCCAACGGCUUCAACGACAGCAUAUCAGAAGUAGACAAUGACAUUAAUAUAACCAGUCUAUCUGGACCAAUCGAUAUGACCGAUUCAAUGAAGCAAGACAUCCAAAUCACCAACGUAGCCCUCAGUCCAAAAAUCAAUAGGUACGUCGGUCGCCCGGUACCUAACACGUAUCCACACGUAAGCAGUAACAUGUAUGGACAGGUCUCAGAAUUCCCUAUUGAAAUGCCCCUAAGAACUAUGCCACAUGGCACAUUAGGUCGUGGAGUUGCGGUCAAAACUCUCCCAAGAGUUCAAGUGCAAACAGAAACAGAUCCUAAUACGAGGAGUUUAUAUCGCUAUUCCAAUGCGCAAUAUUAUUUCGGGUGA